AUGACUGAUCCCACAUAUACGGUCUUUGUCCGACUGCCCAUUCUCCGGGGCGAGUUCACAGACCCCCGUCCGGUCACCUGGGAUUCCACCAAGGACGACGUGCUGUGGAACAUCCUAUCCAACGCAGCAAAGACCGAGAUUGACUGUAAGCUGCAAACCAUCCCUUCCCCCUGCUGGUAUCUCCGAACGUUGCUCAUAAACCUGUGUUUCCAGGGAACGAACUGUAGGUGUAGAGGCACUUCCUCGAACUCACCCAUUCCUCUCAGAGCUGCGCAUUUCGACGUGACUGUCGACUUUCUCCUGCAACAAGUAGCCUACCUGACCGAGCGGCACACGGCGCAGCUCCGGGCCCAGGUCCGGAAAGCCACCGCCGCCGCCAAGGGCUCCUCCGCUCCCUCCCCCAACGCCGCCGCCGAGCCCCACGGCCACCUGCGGACCGUGUCCGCCCUCUCCAUCCGUCGCGACUCGCCCCUCCCGCGAACCGAUACCAGCACGCCCGCGACCCCGAUCACGAGCUCCCUACGGCCCAACAUCUCCCGCCAUGGCUCUGCCGGCACCAUAACACACAACGCUGGCGGCGGCGGCGGCUCGUCAAGCCGCCAGAGCAAGCCCGCGACCUCGCGUACAUCCAACGAGACCCAGCGCCGUCGUCUGUCGUCACUGCCGAUCCAGACCACGCCGCGUAGUCCCGAACCGACAUCGCCCGGCGCCGACGAGCUCAGCUCCCCCACGUCCUCGGACGACGAGUCGAGCCCGGCACAGUCGCGCAUCAUCCGCCGCCCUCCCCGCUUCCAACAACGCGACGGGGCUGGCGAUCUCGGAGACGAAGACGAGGACGCUGAGCCCGCCUUCCUCCAAUACAAGCCCCAGUCGACCAACACAUCGGCGCAGGACUUGGGUUCCACCCUGCGGGGCGACCCUCGGAACGUCCGACGGACACCCAAAGGCAAGGACAAGAUACACCACUCGGAGACGUCGGACUCAUCAACGAGCUCGCCCGCCCUGGUAUCUCGCGGCCCCUCGAUGGGAGAGCGUCGCCCGCUAGGUCCCCUUUCUCCACGGCGUCCGGCCGAGCUGGCCGGCAAAAGUCCGAGCAGGAAGGGGUACUCGCGGGACGGCAGCGACGGGACCCCCAGCAUGGGCAGCAGUUUCAGUGACCUGGACGACGCAUCAGUGACGCAGUCCGCGCUUGAGGAAGCCCUGGCGAGUAAGAUGCAAGACGGCGCCAUCGGGAGCAGGUUCAGCAUCAGUCAAGCAUUUAGAAGCCGCUACAUGCCCAAGCCCGGUCAGCAGUAG